CUAGCUACAAAGACCUGCUUGCUCGCAAACUGCGGGUUGUAGCACAGGAAACGCUCGCUGUGGCACCUCGGCUGCGCUGCGGAUCACUGCCGCCCCCCUCGCCAACGCUGCGAUCACUUGAGCUCCCCGCGCCACCGCUGCGAUCGCUCUCCCUGCAAAAUGGCGGAGCAGCUCCAAACCCUAACGCUAGCGAGACCCGACGACUGGCACCACCACCUGAGGGACGGCGCGGCCCUCGCGACGACCGUGCCCUUCGCGGCGCGGACCUAUGGAAGGGCCAUCUGCAUGCCCAAUUUGGUCCCUCCCGUCACGACGGCGGCGCUAGCCGUCGCUUAUAAAGAGCGAAUAAUGAAACAUGUGCCCAAGGGUUCUUCUUUUGAACCGCUCAUGACGUUGUAUUUGACAGAUAGUACGUCGCCGCAAGACAUCAAGGACGCGAAGGCGUCCGGUGUGGUGGUAGCUUGCAAGCUCUACCCGAAAGGCGCCACCACCAAUAGUCAUGGAGGCGUCAGCGAUAUUAAAAAAAUAUGGAAGACGUUGGAUGCCAUGGAGGAGUGUGGAUUGCUACUUUUAGUGCACGGCGAGGCGACGGGCUCCGUCGACGUCUUUGAGCGAGAACGGUCCUUCCUCGAAUCGACCUUCAAGCCCCUCGUUUUAUCUAGACCUGGUCUCCGCAUAGUCCUGGAGCACUGCACGACGGCCGAAGCGGCGGCAUUCGUGCAGAGCGGUCCCCCGAACGUUUGUGCUUCUGUCACGCCGCAACACUUAUUAUUCAAUAGGAACCACAUGUUGGCGGGUGGCAUCAAGCCGCACCUCUACUGCAUGCCCAUUUUGAAGGCGGAAGAAGACAGGGCGUUUCUGGUCAAGGCCGUGACCGCACCAGGACAGAAGAAGUUCUUCCUGGGCACGGAUUCGGCGCCGCACGAAGUCGGGAACAAGCACUCAGCGUGCGGGUGUGCGGGUGUGUUCUCCGCGCAUGCAUCGCUCGAAUUUUAUGCCGAGGUUUUUGAAGACGCGGGCUGCUUGGAACGACUCGAAGCCUUCUCCUCACAAAAUGGAGCGGACUUUUAUGGGUUUGCGCGGAACACGGAGACGGUGGUGCUAAAACGGGAAACGUGGACGCCGCCGGCCGCGUACCCGUUCGCCGGUGGUAGAUUAGUGCCGUUACGGGCGGGCGAGACAAUACGCUGGAAGCUCCAGGAGAGGGAGCCCGGGUUUUGCGCGUCGUGUAAGUAGGUAUUGUGCUUGCCGCGGCGAUGGCGUCUUUUUGUCGUGAGUCUCGUAUAUCCGUUGCGCCGAACUUGCGGUGUUAGGACUAUUGGGAGGAACCCGGCGCGCGGAGAGCCCUCCACGCCGUCG